UCACAGAUUCAGUACGCCAACAGGAAGGAAGGAAGGAUGUGAUUUUGAAACGAGGAGUUGAUUAUAAUGCACUGGGGGUAGGCGAGAGCUGAAGCACAGUACUUCAUGACUGCAGAAGUAAUCCUAUCCUUUCCAGUGGACGAACAACUUAUGAAUGUUCGCUAGGCAUCUAUCAGGGCUGUAUAAGUUCGGAAGAAUACCAUUACCAUCAGGUUCAUUCACAAAAUCUUCACUAAAAGCAUCCUCAAGAAGAUUGUCAGAUUUUUCGGCAUCAGUAUGUAGGUGGCCAUUGGGAUCACGGAUUUGUGGGGAAGAAACCUUAGAGUUCAGGGUGGAUCUCAAGUAUCUAAACAACUUCUUCUCAUCUUUCGAUGAUACAAGAUUUUGCUCAUAAUGGAGGAUUAUGCCCGGCCAAAGUGAAUCCCUUCUAACUAGCUGUAUAACACGUAUAUAAUA